AUGAAAGCCCUGGACGACCUUGUCCGGUCAGGACGUGUUCGUUACAUCGGGGCGAGCAGUAUGUGGGCGACACAAUUCGCCCGUAUGCAGUUCUGCGCUGAACGUAACGGCUGGACGAAGUUCAUCAGCAUGCAAAAUCAAUACAAUUUAUUGUAUCGUGAAGAAGAGCGCGAAAUGAAUCGAUUCUGCAACGACACCGGUGUUGGGUUGAUCCCUUGGGCUCCUCUUUGCCGAGGCCACCUGGCGCGGCCACCAUCAAAGUUUGGCUUGACCCCUAGGAGCGAACUAGAGAAACAAGACUCGCAAGCUUCUGGGCUGUCAGAGCAAGACCUGACUAUAAUAAGACGGGUGAUCGAGAUCGGAGAAAAGCGCGGCUGGCCAAUGGCCCACGUUGCUCUUGCGUGGAUCAACAAGCGUAUCACAAGCCCCAUAAUUGGUUUCAGCAGUGUUGAAAGACUGGAACAGGCGAUUACAGCAAGGGGAAAGCGGUUGAAUGAUGAAGGAUCGAUACCUCGAGGAACCUUACCAACCGAAGCCUAUACGGAGGAGGGGGUGGAGAAAGGGAUGGAAGAUGAAGAAAGCACUUUAU